GCCUUUCCAGCCCCCGGCCUCAGCAUCCAGCCCACCCCCCACCCACCCGCCUGAAGUCUUUCCACCCCUUAAUCCUCGGCUCCUAUAUUUAGCCCAUCCCCCUAGUGCUAUUUUGACCCCAUGGCAGUCAUUUAUAAGUGACCGAGUGGCCCCUCCCCUCUCCAGCACGCCUGCGUUAUUUCGCCCUCCUUCCUUCCGCGUCAAACUUCUCCAGUGAGUGCGAAAACUUUCCCCUUAUUCCGCAGGUACAUUCCCCUCUUAAAAAACACCACCACCAAAAAGCACCAAAAACCAACAACUACAACUGUCAUAAAAACCAGAUCCGGAUCCAGCUGGGUCCAUUUCUUGCCCCACCCCCACCCCCCGCGACUCCCCGUUAAAUAUUUUCAGGAGCUCGCUUGAGUGAACCGUGGCAUAGGUUUGUUUGUGUUUUUGUUUUUUGGAGAGGAGAAGCCAUGGGGCAAGCGGAGGAGCUGAUCCGAAUAGGCAAAAAGCUGGAUAAGAUGGUGUCCAGGAAGAACAUGGAAGGAGCUCUCGACCUAUUGAAGAAACUGAACAGUUGCACAAUGACCAUCCAGCUGCUGCAGACCACAAGAAUUGGCGUGGCUGUCAACGCGAUCCGCAAGCACUGCGCUGAUGAGGAGGUGAUAACUCUGGCAAAAAUCCUCAUCAAGAACUGGAAGAGGUUGCUGGAGUCGGGGACGGAGAAGGGUAAAAAGGAGAAAGAGAGAGACAAAGGGAUUGAUAGCCCUGGCUGGAAAACUGAAGACACCAUUUCCCACCCUGUGAAUCUCUGCAAAAGUUCUGAUGGAAAGCAAAAAGACCGAGAUCCCAGAAGUGCUUCAGCUACAUCGAAAAAAUCCCACUUGGAACCUAAAAAAGAGAGAAGAGACUCCGAAGACUCAAGAUCUUCCACCUCGACUGCUGCUUCCUCCUCCUCUCCCAAGAGGCUGUCAACGGACAGGAGGGCAUCCACUGGCUCCAAUCCAGCUGCAUCUCCUCCUGGGUCUCGGAAAAAUUCUACCGAUAGCAAAGAGGAAAGCAAAGCUAGGCCAGAUGUGCCCAAGACCCCAAUCAGCCCCAUCACUCCGACAUUUUCAUCUUCCACCUGCUUCUUGGCAUCAUGCUACCUGACAGGAGACUCCGUCCGGGACAAAUGCAUUGAGAUGGUCUCCGCGGCUCUGAAAAUGGAUGAUGAUUACAAGGAGUUUGGAGUCAAUUGCGACAAGAUGGCAGCUGAAAUUGAAGAUCAUAUCUACCAGGAGCUGAAGGGCACUGAUAUGAAGUAUCGCAACCGUGUGAGGAGCCGCAUUAGCAACCUGAAGGACCCCAAGAAUCCUGGCUUGCGCCGAAACGUGUUGUCCGGAGCCAUUCCGCCCAGCCUCAUUGCCAGGAUGACGGCAGAUGAAAUGGCCAGCGAUGAACUGAAGGAGCUAAGGAACGCCAUGACCCAAGAAGCCAUCCGAGAGCAUCAGAUGGCAAAGACCGGAGGCACCACGACCGACCUCUUCCAGUGCGGCAAAUGCAAGAAGAAGAACUGCACCUAUAACCAGGUGCAAACACGGAGUGCUGACGAGCCAAUGACGACCUUUGUGCUGUGUAACGAGUGCGGGAACCGCUGGAAGUUCUGCUGAUGUUCCUUGAGCCCAGCCAGUGAUGGAGAAGAUGAUGUCCUGUCGCAGUCGUUCAGGAGAAACUUUGAACUGUCCACUGAAGAAAUAACAGCAGCAAAGUGGAAGGAGUGCCCCCGAAAGGUGGAAAUAAUGGAUCCUUAGGGAUGAAUUGCUUAGAAAGAGUGGUGAUGGUCUGUUCUUAAUUCAGGUGAUGGAAUGAUGCCACUAUUAGGAAGGCUGUGUUCUGCGAACAUACUGGGCAAGUGCAGAAUUUUGCUUGAGUGCGGAAUUCCACCUUCUGAGACUCUCCACAUUUUCGUUAUGAAAAAAAAAGUUUAGACCCCUUAAGCUUUGAAAUUGCAUGCGUGGGCAAUAUAUACUGAAAAUCUCUGAAGUGGAUGAAGAUUCUUUGUCUUCAAGAUAUGGGGCAUCAGUAGCCUGCAAAAGGUCUUCCUUCCUCUGCCCAACUCGCAACACUUCCUUCAGAUCACAGAACCCAGCUUUUCACAAUAUGGAAUUUAGAUCAUUUUUUUUAUCAUUGUAGGAUGCAGUUCUGACUGCAGCCCAUUAGCUUAUCAAGUGCUGUUGGGGGAUGACCUCUUUCAGAGGAUUCAAAUGUCCAAUGUGGCCCUCUGGGCCUCUCCAUGUGGCCCUUAGGACUCCCCCUCAUUGUGCUUCCUUGAAUGCUUUUGCCUAACUGGAGUGUGUCCUGGAACUGUUAAAUGCCCUCUUGCUUGACAAGAUAGAGUUUGGGGAACCUCUUGCCUUUGGGUGGCUUGCUGCACAAAGCAAGACUCACCUCUGCUGCUCUGUAAACUUUUGCAUUCAGCCUUCCUUUCCCUUUGCUUUUAGGAUAUCCGUCUACAACUUGUAGGUUGGGAACGGGAUCCCAUCAUAACCUAAGUGACCAGAUGCCCAGGAGGAUGAGCCUCCUUUACUCCUCCUAGCAGAAGAGGGAAUUUUCAGCAGGCGUAGCUUCUCCCUCCUCUGUAUGACAAGCCGUCAUCUACCAACAUCCCCACAUUUCCUCUCCUAUGAAGCUGCCUCAGGCUGAGCCAGACCAUUGGCCCGUCUGGCCCAGGGCUGCUUCUUGCUUUGGCUGGCAAGCACUUAAAGGCUUUCCCAACCCUUCCUACUUCCAGGGUCCCUUUAAUGGUGAUGGCAGGACAGUGCAUGCAAAGCUUUGCUCUGCUGCUGAGUGGCGGUCUCCCCUUGCGUCUGGUCACCAUGGAAGCAGGAAGGUGGACACAUAAUGCUUUUUCAGAAGGGCUCCAGGCUCUAGCUCCAGGGCAGAGGUUCCAAUGUGUGGCACCCAGCCAUUGCCUCCUAUAGUGCCCACGAAAGGUCUUUGUAAAUAUCCUGUAAAAAAAUAAUAAUCCCACAAUACACCAGUGAUUGUUUCCUCUUCCUGCUCACUUCCUGUUUGUACAGGCUCGGCCUCCCUUCUACUAAACUCACCGCCUUAAAUAUGCCCACAUGCCAUUGGAUGCCUGAUUUCCUACCUGUUCUGAAUGGGGUGGUUGAAUGCUCUUUUAGACGUUGAGGCCAUUUUGGCAUCCCUCAGUGGCAGCCAUUUCGUGACGCGACGGGCCCCCAUGGCAGCCAUGACACUGUCUCAAGAUUUGUAAUGUACCCACUGGCCGAAAAGGGUUUGUGACAUGUGCUCUAGGAGAGGUAGCCAUUGUGGAUGGGGUCAGUCAUUACACACAUGAGAUAGAAACAUCUUUCGGCAAAGUGCCCUGUGUCAGGAGCCCACUCAUUCACUCCCCCAGUCUGGAGAAGGGAUGCCGGAGAAUUUAGUUGGAAACAGAUGUGGGAAUUUCCACUGUUCACAUUUUCUUGGCACGUUUAGAGCAGAAAUAUAUCCAGUGACCACAGGUUGUUUUCAUUCACAAAGUUCCAGUUGGUUUGUUUUUAAAGCCCACAAGUGACAAGUAAUUAAUGACUUAAAAAAAAUAUUUUGUUUUGACAUUUCCUGUAAAUUGAAAUGGUGUGGAAAGUAAUUACAUAAUUACAUUAAAUUCAUUAUGUAAAGAAUUGUGUAAAUUACAUUAACUAGCGGACAGCAAGACAAAUAACAUAGAAUUGGGCAAAAAAUGAACUGCACCGGUAAGGAAACAGCAGUGUUUGCGGCAAAGGUGGGUUGGAACGCAAACCACUGCCUUCUUGCAUCCCUAGUCCUGAGCUUAUCUGGGAGCAGCAACUCAGAGCAGCCCAUUUUGAUUUCCCAAAAUGUCCCAGAGCAUUGCUGUAACAAGUGGCCUGGGGCACUGAGGGGAACCCAAAAUGGCAGGUGGCACCACAGUCAAUCCCACCAGAUAAGCCUAGGAUAGGUUGAGUGGGCUACACUUGGAGUGCUUCUGGUUCUGAUGCCGGAGAAAUGAAAACUGCAACAAACCUGGGAGUGGGAAUUCAGGGUAAUCUAUUUCCUCUUUCGAAGAACGUUUGAUGUGUCCUUAAUGCUUUUGGAGUGGAGCAGGUACUGAGCUUAUACAAACCAAAUGUUAAAUGAUCAUUGUUGACCCUUGUACAUUAGUAAACUCUUGAAUGCUCACCCAUUGCUCUGUGUGUCCAUUCUGGGAUGGAAACAGAAUAUGGUGUUUCUCUAGCAGAGUCAUGCCAAAAUUGUUGGGUUACAGCAGGGGCAUGGAAUCUGAGGCCUGAAUGCGGCCCUCUAGAUCCCUCAUUCUGGCCCUUGGGCCUCUCCACAGGCCACACCUUUCCCUGUCUUUGCUUCAUACCCAGAAUGCCUUUUGUCUGCUGGGAUGUGUCCUUGAACUCCGACAAUGCCUCUUGCUUAUCUUGGAGGGAGGUGUGUGUUUGUGUGUGUGUGUGUGUGUAAACUAGUUCCUCAACUAAAAUGCCACAGGUUGAUGCCAAACUGGUGUUUGCUAGAGUAUCGUCUUCUAUAGGGGCUAUAUGAGGGUCUUCUGAUCUUUCCCUCAUGCCUGAACUGGGUGAUAUGUUGUGCCUGAGCCACAAGGAGGCAGUCCAGGUCCAUUGGCUGCAAUGUUUAUUCUUACAGAGAAUACUGUAUUGUGAGAGGUUUGUCCCAUGCUCUGUUCUCCAUCUCCACCUCUUGUAAUAGUAAUCAUGAUAUUAUACGAUUAUAAUCAUGGUUAUUAUACGAAUCAUGGUUAUUAUACGAUUUCAUUUUCAAUCCACUUUCCUCCCACGGCAGUAUGUGUGGGGCUGUCAUGCUGCAUCCCAUCCUGGCACCAACCAGCUCUAGACCUGCUUAGCUUCAGCAAGGUUGCGGCCCCAGGUAUCUUAAGACUAUGUGAGGAUCAUAAACCACAAGCCACCUUAUUUCAAGUUGGACCAUUGCUCCAUCUAGCUGAGUAUUGUAUACACUGACUUCAUAGCUGCCAAGUCCCGGUUAGAAAAAUACGGGAUCAGCAGCGCCGGCACCAGAAGUCGCUUCUACGCAUGUCCAGACAUAUGUAGAAGCAACUUCCGGUGCUGGCACUGCCCGAUUUCCGGUGUCCAGACAUGGGCAGAGUGGCACUGGAAGAAAUCCGGGGGAAUUACGAGAUAUUUCGCCAUUCGGGAUGACAGCAGGAAACUGCUUUAAAAACGGGGGUUUCCCGGGGAAAACGGGAGACUUGGCAGCUAUGACUGACUUGGGUUCCCAGCCCUACCUAGAGAUGUCGAGGGUAAAACCUGGGACCUUCUGCAAGCAAAGCAGAUGCUCUGUCACUGAGCUAUGGUUGUUCUUGCAAUUCCUCAAUUCAUAUCUCUGCCCCCUCUAGUGAUCUUUCUCUGCCUCCACCCUUGACCCCACCUGAGAUGGUGACAUGUGCGCCAUCCAUUUAAAGCACAUUAUGUCCCUUAAGGAAUCCUGGGAACUCUAGUUUGUUCCCCCCAAAGAGCUACAGUUUCCAACACCCAUAGCUAACUAGUUUCCGGGAUUCUUUGGGGGAAGUCAAGUGCUUUAAAUGUGCAUUAAAUGGGUGGUGUGUACACAGCCUUUCUCGGGCACACACAUGCAUUCUCGGUGACAGAUGGACCCGUGUUGACACAUUCCCAUCUAUUGUGGCAAAAACAGUUUUAAAAUUGUUUUCUCACCCAGCUCUGAGACUACUGUGUGGUAGGUGGGAGAGGCUGGGGGAAAAUGGAUUCCUUCUCUCUGACUCUUCCGCUCCACAAGCUGUAUGUUUUUGCACAUAAACCCAUAGCAGAUGUUCAUGUUUUUACAUGUGCGUGACUGUUUUGUGGCCUGUGCCCAUGUAAUUGUUGGGUUCUAUCCAGUUAAGUCCCAGGGAUGGAAGGACCUGUCAGUUCUGGUUCUCUGAGGCCACAUUCACAACCAUAACAUUUAAAGCAAAUAUUGUACCCCUUGAGAAACAGUAAAUAAAAACCCAAACUUUCUGAUCCUCUGUUGGGUGGAUGGAUUUAUAUUGUGAACGGUCCCGAGAUCUAAGAAUGAAAGGCAGGGAAAGAAAGAAAGAAAGAAAGAAAAAGUUUCAUUGCACAGGAAAUCACCUAUCUGCUAAAAGUCUGCAGCUGAAAAUGAGAAACUAAACCAGAAACAAAAUGGAAGGACAUCCGCCACUUGCAUUCAGGGGCCGCACAUGGCUCUCUUCUUUAUUCCUUACAAAGCGGUCAAGAUUACAGGUUGGGUCCGACAUACAACCUGUAGGCCCUGAAUUGCUGGCCCUUAUUUUGCCCCGCUGAGGUAGAUAAUUGACAGCUCCGUUGCGCACCUGCGCUUUCGUACAGCGCAGUGAUGCCAAUUCUUCGUCGCUUUCCCCUUUUGAUCGCUAAAGUGAAGCUCCGUGUCUGGAGGCAGUCUACCCACAAAAGAUACUAAGCAGCUGUGCCAGCAGCACCAUCUGCAGGCAGUGGCAGGAACCUCUACCUCCACCCCUAACUUGGUGCGUUAGAUCGUCGCAGCUAAGGACUUCGUUUAAAAUUUAGAAGAAAGCGAAGGUAGACAAAAUACAGGUGGAAUGGGAUGGAAAAGGAGAGUAAGCAGCUGGAACCCAGACUUGGCUAAUAAUGGUGUGCAACAUAAACUAGAUCCCCCCCCAAAAAAGUGUUGCUCUGGGAUAGGGCAUUUUGGAGGUUUGGGGGUCUGUGCUUAACCUACUGCUGCUAUGACCCACAUGGCCUCUGCAAGUUACUUUUUCCUCCCAGGGGGUUGCAAAGCUGUAGUUUUGAGGGUAACCAUCCAGUUUACAAAAGAAUUAUGUCAAAUAAAAAUGGCUAAGGACAUUAAGAUAGACCAAAGCUUUGUAACUAAUUGAUACAGAUAGCUCAGUUGGUUGGAGCAUGGUGCUGAUAACGCCAAGGUUGCAAGUUUGAUUCCCGUAUGGGACAGCUGCAUAUUUUUGCAUUGCAGAGAGUUGGAAUAGAUGAUCCUCACGAUCCUUUCCAACUUUACCAUCCUAUGGUCAAGUCACUGUGCUAGGAUGGCAUAGAUCCAAGAGUUUAAAAACCCUCAAGUAUAACUUGGAUUUUUUAAAUAAAAUAAAACCUUUUUACUAAAAAUGGCGUAUUGAAAAGCAGUCUGUGUAACACCAGUUUACAGACAAGAGUCGUGAAAAUAUAAACCUAUAAACCUACCUUCCACCUCGCAUGACAUGGUAAGGAGAACAAUUAAAGCUAGAAUUAUUAAGCAUUCUAGAAGAACAAGCCUGGCAGCUGAAGAGUCAGCAUGGCUUCUGCAGAGAAAAGUGCUGUCCCAUCACCUCUUGGGCUUCUUUGAGAGUCUCAGCAGGAAGAUAGGGGUGAUUCAAUGAACAUGUUGGUCUUCCAAAAAAACCUUUGGCCCUCCAGUGGCAGCUGUGGUGUCCCCCUCCAGGGCUCUGACCCUUGUGUAAUCAUGCUGUUUUCUGAUCACAGAACUGAAAAUAAGUUAUUUAUGUUUAUCACAAUGUGGAAAAUGCAAGCGGUUUUUUUUAUAUAUAUAAUAUGACCUACAGUACUUUUAUCAUUCAAAACAUUUGGACUUUCCAAAAAAGGGGGGUCUGUAGUUGGGGGCUGGGUAGGUUAUUUGAAGCAGGGAAAGGCAGC